CCAAGUAUACCAAAAUUUCAAAUAUAUUAUAGGGCAUUAGUUAAUCCAGCAGCAUAUAGUUUAGAAAAAUAUGGGGAACUAGAGUGCGAUUCAUUUUUUUUGGAUCAGGGUUCAACACCUGAACUAAAUCAAAGAGCAAUCGAAUUAAUAAAAUCAAAUAAGGUUAAAUACUUUUCAUGUUUUCAAGAUACUAAAUAUAUAACGGUACUAAAUAAAGAAUUGGUAUAUUGGUUUUUUGAAAAUAUAGCAUCAGCAUUACCAAUACAUAUCGAUAAUACUGAUCAAUAUGGUGUAGAGUUAAAAGUCAAAAGUAGUGGUGGCCAAUUCGUAUUGUUUCGAAUUUCAAAUUGGUUAUAUAUCGAAUUGCUUUAUACAUUAGGAAGAUACGAUCGAAUAUUUCAAAUUAUAAACUUUGAAUAUGGAUAUAUAAAAAGUUAUCCAACAUCACUCGAAUUUUUAGAUCAAUUUUUAAAUCACACUUUAAAAAAUGGGUUAUCUGAGGAUAACAAAGAGAUUAUAUCUUACUUUUUGCAAAAAUGUUUAGGAAUGGGGGAUUUAAGAGUUGCAAAUCUAAUAGCAUUAAAGUACAGCCAAUUAUUUAAUAAAAAAUCAAUAACAAAUAAAAUUUCAAUUUUAGAUACAUUCAAAUAUAUAUUACAUACCUCAAUUAAUAUGGACUAUAUUGAAGUAACUCAAUUACUAUUAAAAUAUAUUUCAAUUUCAAAAAAAGACUAUAACGAAUACAAACAAGACCAUUUUUCUAUAGUUGACGAAAAAUUAAAAAAUUAUUUUAAAUAA